UUGGAAUUUUUAUGCAGAAUCUAAAGGCGUUAAGAUUUAUCAAAAGUAUAAAGAAAAACCAAUGCCGUAUUUACGUGGAGAUGCUACUAUUUAUGGUGGAUUCCAUCCUGCUGACAUUCUUUCAUACAUUAUUACUUUGGAUUCACGAAAAUUAUGGGACGACCGAUAUGAAGAAGGUUCUGUCUUGGAACGUUAUGGUCCUGAUGAUGCGAUAACAAGAUUAUUCACCACAAUUGAACGUGAUCCGGCUACCGGUACAAUUUGGGUUGCUGAUACAUCUGUAGUAGAUUCAAGAUUUCCGGAGGACAGCGGAUAUGUUAGAGCUAAUUUAACUGUUGCCGGAUGGGAAUUCCGUCCAAAAUUUGAUGAUGGAAAAGUAAUUAGCGUUAAUGUCAAAUACAUUGUUGACAUUGAUCUCAAACUUAAUUCAAUUCCACAGUCAAUUCUUAAGAUG